UCAACUGGGGUGACACCCAGAACUGACAAUCAAGCCAGUCUUCAUAUAGAACCAAACAGUGGCACUCACCAAGCUGCCAGAAUGAAGUCAUAGCAACAGCUGGUCUGUAUAAGCUGAAUGGAGGCACAAAGCGUAACAGCAUCUUCUGUCAAUAGAUAGAAGCUACUAAAAAAAUUGCUGAAGAAAUGUUGUCAGUGCCACUUCUAGGAAUAAUAAUUACUGAAGCCUUGAAGAAAAAGAAAGAAAAAGUUGGGUAUGAAAACCUGGCAGUCAGCAUCACCACGGUCAGGAUACCAACAGCGGCAUUCCAACGGUCACAAUCCCGAUGGAUCCUGUUACGACCAGACAUCUAAACCCGACAGAAAUGUAAAUCUCCCAGCGAUUAUGGUAGACCCCAUGAGGAGUCUAGGCUGGUCACUUGAUGAGGAGCGGGGAUUAGUUCGAGGGCUUUCAGAAAAAAGGAUGGAGAGACAUGUAGACGCUAUAUUCACAAACACCUAUCGAAAAUUCCUGGGACAAAUUUCAGCAAGACAGUACUUACAGAACAUGAUGGGGAAACGACUGGGGCAAGCUGAUACACGAGGACAAUACCCAAGUGCCAGUGGGCGAAGUGACAGAUCCAUAAGGGUGCUAAUGAACCUAAAGAACCCAACCUGGAGAGCAGUUCAGCCUCGGCUAUAGCAGGCAGUGAGAAACUUCUCCUUGGUGCCCAAGAGCCCUUUCUCACAAGGUGGGCUGCAAAGUAAAACCUCUACUGCAGAAUGGUUGAAAAGACGAACUGGGUGCAUAACACAGGGAAUACAGAAAUACCAUGCAUAUGCAAAAUAUUACACCCUACAUUCACUUCUGUCAUCAAGUUCUGUUUAACAUGUAAAUUAAUGCAUUUGUUAAAUAAAAAAAGUUUUAUGAA